CAGACGAAAGAUAACCAACCACAACUCCAGAGGACCAGAACACAAAACGAAAGCACAAUCUCAAACAAGAUAACAAUACAAAAUUAAAAAAAAAAAUGAAGAGCCCGUCCCUCUUAGUUCUUGUUCUCAUGGCCACACUUGUUCAGUUCACAACCAACGCCCUUCAUCCCAUAGUGAUAAUCCCUGGUUCGGGGGGCAAUCAAUUGGAAGCUCGACUCAACCAAGACUACUACAAAAGUUCGAGCCUUUUUUGUAGGCUAACGGGCAAGAAAGAUAAGGACGGUUGGUUCAGGCUCUGGUUCGAUCCGACCGUUCUCUUGGCUCCACUAACUCGGUGUUUUGCGGAGAGGAUGACUCUGUGCUAUCACAGGGAGAUUGAUGAUUACCGGAAUGCUCCCGGAGUUGAGACCCGGGUUCCAGGUUUCGGGUCCACGGAGGGGAUUCGGUAUCUUGAUCCUUAUCUCAAGCACAUCUCUGAAUACAUGGCAACAUUAAUCUCCUCACUUGAGAAGAUCGGCUACAAAGAAGGUAGCACCCUCUUCGGCGCACCCUACGACUUCCGGUACGGCCUCGCUCCACGUGACCACCCAGCAAAAGUCGGAUCCAAAUACCUCAAAGACCUCCAACAACUUAUCGAAUCCGCAUUCGCAUCCAAUGGGGCCAAACCUGUUAUCCUCCUUACCCACAGCCUUGGCGGCCUAUUUGCCCUCCAAUUCCUCGCACGUGCUGAGCCUCCGUGGCGAGCCAAGCAUAUCAAGCACCUACUCGCUGUCUCUGCGCCUUGGGGAGGCACUGUCCAAGAAAUGCUCACUUUUGGAUCCGGGUACACUCUUGGUAUACCACUCGUCAACCCAUUACUGGUUCGAGAUGAGCAACGGAGCUCUGAAAGCAACAUGUGGUUAUUACCAUCCCCGGCCCUUUUUGGGUUCAAAGUGCUUGUGAUCGACACAUCCAAUAACAAAACCUACACGGCUAGAGACAUGCCCGAGUUUCUAACGGAUAUCGGAUAUGAAAAUGGGAUGUACCCAUACAGUACUCGUGUCCUCCCGCUUGUUAGUGGGUUACCGGAUCCGGGUGUGAAUGUGACUUGCUUGGUGGGGUGUGGGGUUGAUACACCAGAGACGUUGGUAUAUGGGAGGGGUGGAUUUGACGUAGCGCCCAAGGUGGUGUACGGGGAUGGGGAUGGGACGGUGAACAUCGCUAGCUUGUUGUGGCUCCAGUCAGAGUUUCGAGGGGUGAAGGUGGUUAGGGUUCCUGGGAUGUCACAUACAUCUAUAUUGAAAGAUGAUAUUGCAGUGAGGAAAAUAAUUGGGGAGAUUUGUGAUAUAAAUUCUGUUGAUUUGAGCUAUGUAGUGUAAUUAUAGACACUUUUGAUAUAUGUUAUUUCUUACCAUUUAACUAA